CGCGUGUCAUGUGAUCAGCGCGCGACCCUGUGUUGUGGAAGAUGGCGUGCUGUGGUGGUUGUUUGUGUUGUUGUAAUGAAGGAGAACCCAGAACACCAGAGGAGCUGACCAUACUGGGUGAAACCAGGGAUGAUGAUGAUGAUGAGAUAUUACCCAGAAAAGACUACGAGAGUUUGGAUUAUGACCGCUGUAUCAACGAGCCAUAUCUGGAGGUUUUGGAGGGCUUGGAUAAUAAGAAAGCUGGAAAGUAUGAAGCCAUAAAGUGGAUUGUGGUCUUUGCUAUCGGAGUAUCAACAGGACUGACUGGGCUGUUUGUGGAUUUCUUUGUGCGACUCUUCACACAGCUGAAGUUCAGUUUGGUUGGAGGAUCCGUAGAGGAAUGCAGUGAGAACGGAUGUCUGGCUCUGUCUUUACUGGAGCUGCUCGCUCUCAACAUGAUGUUCACAUUCAUCUCCAGUGUUCUGGUGCUCAUUGAGCCGGUGGCGGCCGGGUCUGGUAUCCCGGAGAUUAAAAGUUACCUGAACGGGGUGAAGAUUCCUGGCAUCGUGCGCCUGCGGACCUUCAUUUGUAAGGUCACAGGAGUCUUGUUUGCUGUGGCCGGAGGAUUGUUUGUUGGUAAAGAGGGACCGAUGAUCCACAGUGGAGCGAUUGUGGGGGCGGGGCUUCCUCAGUUUCAGAGCAUCACCUUCAAGAAGAUCCGCUGUCACUUUCCGUACUUCCGCAGUGACCGGGAUAAGAGGGAUUUUGUCUCUGCGGGGGCGGCGGCCGGAGUCGCGGCGGCUUUCGGUGCACCUAUAGGGGGCACCCUCUUCAGUCUGGAGGAGGGCUCGUCCUUCUGGAACCAGGCCCUCACGUGGAAAGUGCUCUUCUGCUCCAUGUCUGCCACUUUUACACUCAACUUCUUUCGUUCUGGGAUUAACUACAGUAAAUGGGGCUCCUUCCAGCUGCCCGGCCUGCUCAACUUUGGAGAGUUUAAGUGUCUAGAUGGAGAUAAGACGUGCCAUUUGUGGACAGCAGUAGAUUUGGCGUUUUUUGUGUUGAUGGGGGUGGCAGGAGGUCUGCUCGGCGCUCUCUUCAACUGCAUCAACAAACGACUCGCAAAAUACCGCAUGAAAAACGUUCAUCCCAAAGCAAGAUUCAUCAGGGUGUUGGAGAGUCUUCUGGUGUGUAUGGUCACCACUCUUGUCAUCUUCAUGUCCUCAAUGACUCUCGGGGAGUGUCGAGAUCUCGUCUCCCCUAUGACCAACACAACAUCACAGGAGGUGAACUCAACCAUCCGCCGUUUCUUCUGCUACAAUAACACAUAUAAUGACAUGGCCACGCUGUUCUUUAACCCUCAGGAGGUGGCCAUCCAUCAGCUCUUCCAUCAGAACGCGACCUUCAGUCCGGUCACCCUCUCGCUGUUCUUCGUGCUGUAUUUUUUUCUGAGCUGUUGGACGUACGGCGUGUCCGUCCCCAGCGGUCUGUUCGUGCCGUCUCUUCUCUGCGGGGCCUCACUCGGACGCUUGGUGGCCAACAUCCUCAAAAUAAACUUUCAUAUGCAAAUCUAUUCGGGCACUUUUGCUUUGAUUGGAGCAGCUGCCUUCCUGGGAGGCGUGGUCAGAAUGACAAUCAGCCUGACGGUUAUCCUGAUCGAAUCCACCAAUGAGAUCACUUAUGGACUGCCCAUUAUGAUAACACUGAUGGUGGCCAAAUGGACGGGAGAUUUCUUCAACAAGGGCAUUUAUGAUAUUCACAUCCACCUGAAAGGCGUUCCGCUGCUGGAGUGGGAAACUGAAGUCGAGAUGGACAAACUGACGGCCAGUGACAUCAUGGAGCCCAACCUGACGUACGUGUACCCUCACACCCGCAUUCAGUCUCUGGUGAGCAUCCUGAGGACCACCGUCUACCACGCCUUCCCUGUCCUCACCGAGAACCGAGACAACGAGAAGGACUUCAUGAAGGGAAACAUCCUCAUAAGCAACAACAUCAAAUUCAAGAAGAGCAGCGUGUUGACCCGAGCGGGCGAGCAGAGGAGGAGGUGUCAGUCUAUGAAGUCAUACCCAUCCAGUGAACUGCGUAACGUGUGCGAUGAGCGGGUGAGCGAGGAGCCGGCGGAGGAGGGACAGGACAUUCUUCAACAGAUGCUGGACAGAAGACAUGUACCGUAUCCAAACCUGUACCCCGAUCAGUCUCCCAGUGAGGAGUGGAGUAUGGAGGAGAGGUUCCGCCCGCUGACCUUUCACGGGCUCAUUCUGCGCUCACAGCUGGUCAAUUUACUGAUCCGCGGCGUCUGCUAUGCCGAGAACCAGUCGAGUGCCUCUCAGCCACGACUCUCUCAUUCAGAGAUGACGGAGGAUUACCCACGAUUCCCUGACAUCCACGAUCUUGAUCUGGCCCUUCUCAAUCCACACAUGAUAGUGGUAGAGCACACACUCCUCUUCACGUGUGUGUGUGUGUGCGUGCGUGCGUGCGCGCGCGCGCGCGCGUGCGUGUGUGUGUGUGUGCGUGUGUGUGUGGAAUUGUUCGUAAUGCACUCGUGUUGUGUUCAGGAUGUGACUCCGUACAUGAACCCGUGUCCGUACACCGUGUCUCCAAACACGCGUGUGUCUCAGGUGUUUAAUCUCUUUAGGACGAUGGGUCUCAGACACGUACCUGUGGUGAAUGCAGUAGGAGAGAUUGUUGGGAUGAUCACCAGACACAAUCUCACUCAUGAGUUUUUAGUUGCUAAACUCCGACAGCAUUACAUCACAAUCUAAUACAACACCCCUCGUGCUACAGCCAUUUACUGUGUGUGGAGCACCACAGUCCAUUACAUCAGCCCCCCCGCGCACGCACACGCGCAGACGCAGACACAGAUCUGUGCGUGACAGGUGAGAUGCCGGAAACACUUUUCCUUUCCGUCUUCAGACUCCUGAAUGUUUUCAGUUUGUGUGUAACGUUUGCUUUUGCACAAAGCGCUGCAGAAGAGGACCUGAAUCAUCCCGACAUUACACAAGCAAAUAUUACUGACCUCUGACCUCUUUUCACUAAACAUCCGUUAAUUCUGCUCAUGUUCAGAUUGUUUUAACAUUACAAUAUUUGUUUCAUGUUAAUGUUCAUGUCUAACCUAACAUUAUGGGUUUCAUUCCAGGCAUUUACAGCCAAGUCAAUCAAAUCAAUUGAAAAAAAAGAUUCGUUUGUUUGCAUAAAUGAAACGAGGGCUGUUUUAGGACCAUUCGUUUGUUUUAUUGUACUUUUGCAUGGUUUAACUGCAUUACGCUAAAGAGAAUUUGAGGCUGAAUAUUCAUAUUCAUUUGUUUUUUAAGCAAUAGUAAAAUAAGUUUUUUUUGUUAACAUUAGCUAGCAUGAACACUACUUCUACAGCAUUUAUUCAUCUUACUUCAUGUUCAUUUCAGCAUUUACUAAACAUUUUUAAGUUGUAGAUGUUAACAUUGGGUUAUGCUCAGUGAACUAACAUGUUGAUAUGAACAUAAACAAGGGUGAAUAAAUGCUGAAACGACUAUAAUGUUAACAAAUACAGUCUAUUGUCAAGUGUUACCCUUUUAAGAGUGAAAUAUUUGUUUAUUAUUUUGUGGCAUUAUGUGAGGAUCAUUUACAUUCCCUGAUGUUUGUCAGAGAUUCUCACGCUGUGUGUCAGUAGUAUUGAACAUUGAUGGGAAUAUAAAUACAGGGAUUGAACUGUAAUAGACAAGUUUGUUUGUCUCACGUAACAUGGGAUGCUGAUAUGAAUCUGAUAACACGGCCAGAUGUGCAUCUUCAUAUGACAGCAGAGUAAAACAGAGUUCUUUAUGUUUGUUUUGUUCAGUGUUAUGUUCUCUUUUCUUCUUAUUUGCUUUAUUUAAGAAAUUUCACUGUGAUUUUCCUAUGUGUUGCAAAUAAUGUUUUUAAUUUAUAUACGAUGAUGUAGGCCUAUAUUGCAGUAUUUUUAUUGCGAUGGAAAACUGUUAUUUCAGUUUUACUUGACUUGUGCAUAAUGAUGUAUGUUUUCCAGCAUACGGUUUCAUGUUUGAGCUUUUGUUAAUGUGAUUCAGAUGGAGACUAAACCACCAGCCGUCUGUUUUAAAAGCUUCAUAUGCAACUGACAUGUUAAAAUCGUCUACAAUGUACAAUGUAUACUGUCAAUGCACGUACUUGGAAUAAAAUGUGCACACUUGUAAAACUUGUGUUUAAAUGAAGAAAUGAAUUUUCAGUAUUUAAUGAAUGUAAUUUUACAUAAUAACGUUUAAGAUUGUUCAUUUUGAUGGAUUGAUGAUGGAUUGUAUAUAUUACAAUUGAGUGUUGUGUUAGAAAUGUAAUGCAAAUCUAAUCUAAGACCUUCAAGGACCGAUCAGAAACUAGUAUUUUAAUUUAUUAUGUCCUCAUAUGAUGCAUACAGUAAUAGGCAAUAACACAUUUACAAAUGAAAGCUGUUUUCUGAAAACCUUUGAAUUAUUUAAUAGUUUAUCAAUAAACAG